AUGAAACGCGCGCGUGGGAAGGACCGUUUUCUCCGGCCCUGGCAGGUCUGCCCUCCUGCCCUGCUAGCACGCUGUGGGAGUCAAGCCUGGAAAGCGUGUGUGCGGCGCACAGGCUCCAGACACUGGAACGCUUUCGAAUGGUGGCAUUGUCUGCCACAUAGCGAGCACUUUAUAAGGUCACGUAUCGCCCUGAAUGAAUGGUUAAAUCGUGGAAGCUGCAAAAAAAGCCACACAGCUGUGACUGAACACCUAGCCCGGUACUCAAGAACCCCUCUCAGGGGUGCGCGAGAGGGGCCAGAAUCAAGAAGCCUCUUUUGGAGUGGGCGGGACCGACCUUGGGCUCCCCCUGCGGGGCACCGCCUCUUUUCCUCUCCGCCCGCCCGCUAGGCGGCGCCAUGGAGCUUGCAGCCCACCUGCGAGGCACUCCCGCCCUCCCCACCCCUCAGCCCGCGCCCGGCGGAGAGACUACAACUCCCGGGGUGCUCUGGCAGCGGAGCCGCCGCGGGAGCUACGGGCGGAGGGACGCGAGGGCGGGCUUUCCGGGUGUGUGUUUCCGGCGUUGGCGGCCGUGGCCGGGGACGGUGUGAGAGCGGUAAGAUGGCGGCGGCGGCGGUGGUGGAGUUCCAGAGAGCCCAGUCUCUACUCAGCACCGACCGGGAGGCCUCCAUCGACAUCCUCCACUCCAUCGUGAAGCGUGACAUUCAGGAAAAUGAUGAGGAGGCAGUGCAAGUCAAAGAGCAGAGCAUCCUGGAACUGGGAUCUCUCCUGGCGAAGACCGGACAAGCUGCAGAGCUUGGGGGACUCCUGAAGUAUGUGCGACCCUUCUUGAAUUCCAUCAGCAAGGCUAAAGCAGCUCGCCUUGUCCGAUCUCUUCUUGAUCUGUUUCUUGAUAUGGAAGCAGCUACAGGGCAGGAGGUCGAGCUGUGUUUAGAGUGCAUCGAAUGGGCCAAAUCAGAGAAAAGAACUUUCUUACGCCAAGCUUUGGAGGCAAGACUGGUGUCUUUGUACUUUGAUACCAAGAGGUACCAGGAAGCAUUGCAUUUGGGUUCUCAGCUGCUGCGGGAGUUGAAAAAGAUGGAUGACAAAGCCCUUUUGGUGGAAGUACAGCUUUUAGAAAGCAAAACGUACCAUGCCCUGAGCAACCUGCCGAAAGCCCGAGCUGCCUUAACCUCUGCUCGAACCACAGCAAAUGCCAUCUACUGCCCCCCUAAAUUGCAGGCCACCUUGGACAUGCAGUCAGGUAUUAUCCAUGCAGCAGAAGAGAAGGACUGGAAAACUGCGUACUCGUACUUCUAUGAGGCAUUUGAGGGUUAUGACUCCAUUGACAGCCCCAAGGCCAUCACAUCUCUGAAGUACAUGUUGCUGUGCAAAAUCAUGCUCAACACCCCAGAAGAUGUCCAGGCUUUGGUGAGCGGGAAGCUUGCACUUCGGUAUGCAGGGAGGCAGACAGAAGCAUUAAAAUGCGUGGCUCAGGCUAGCAAGAACAGAUCACUGGCAGAUUUUGAAAAGGCUCUGACAGAUUACCGGGCAGAGCUCCGGGAUGACCCAAUCAUCAGCACACACUUGGCCAAGUUGUAUGAUAACUUACUGGAACAGAAUCUGAUCCGAGUUAUUGAGCCUUUUUCCAGAGUACAGAUAGAACACAUAUCUAGUCUCAUCAAACUUUCCAAGGCCGACGUGGAAAGGAAAUUAUCACAGAUGAUUCUUGACAAGAAAUUUCAUGGGAUUUUGGACCAGGGGGAGGGUGUCCUGAUUAUUUUUGAUGAACCCCCAGUAGAUAAAACUUAUGAAGCUGCUCUGGAAACAAUUCAGAACAUGAGUAAAGUAGUGGAUUCCCUUUACAACAAAGCCAAGAAACUGACAUAGAGUUGGAUCUGUAGCGGUCCUUUGGAGAGUGUGUGUGGCGGGAGAGUGAAACCUUGGGGGAAAAUGCUAGGAGAUUUCUUUUUUCUUUUUGUUCUACUUUUCGCUCGGAAAGUUUUUAAAUCCUCAUUUGGUGCAUCUGUACUCCAGCCAAUAGGUGUGCCAGUUUUCAUGUAAUCUUUACUGGCCCAACUUGGGAGUGGGGAAAUUGCUUAAAAAAAAAAGAAAAAGAAAAAAAAAAGAUUAUUCUAAAUAAAAGGAAAAAGGCUUACACUACCUAAAGCUGUGCUCUCUGCCUCCUGGGAGAGGGCCGCAAAGCCAGGCACCCCGCCAACCACUGAGGGGUCCUAAUCCACCUGCUGGGCGUCACCUCUCCUCCUCCUCAGAAUUGGGUGUUUGCUGACCAUCAAAAGCAAUGACUUUUUAUUCUGUUUGUACUGAACCAAAACAAACAACUGUGUAUAGACUGCUAUUUUCUUUUUUAUUUGAAAUGAGGUGUUCUGGUGUUCUUUUCCCUGCCAUACGGCCUGUCCACCCUUCCCUCCCCCACAUUGGCUCCAGCAGAGUAGCUGAAGGUCCUGCCGCCGCCGCCACCACCACCACCACCACCACCACUGCAGCAGCAACAGCAGCAGCAGCAGCGCCUGCACAGCUCCACUCUGACCUGUGAAGGAAUGGGGAUGAGGCCAGGAGCUACUAGUGUCUACCACGGCCACACAGGGAGCAGUGUGGGCCCUUAGCCCCCAAGGGGCCUGCUGUGCAUGUGGCUUUUUAUUUUUUCACACAGUAAACUAGAUUAGUCGUCAGUGUUUUACUUGCCCCUCUCUUCUCCUCUGUGUUCCUCUCCUCCCCUCUCUUCUUUGCUCUCUCUCUUCUCUUUCCUCUCAACCAGGAGACCGUCACAUCUCACUGCCUUCCUCCUCUCCCCUCCAGAGGAGUCAGGCUGUCUGAAAUCCAUGAGCUUCUCUCCCUCUCCCACUCCUCCUCUCCUGCUUUCAGACGGAUUUAUUCCUUUUUUAAACAGUGAACAUCGGAAAUGAGACUGUGGGGUGUGGUUUUCUUCUUUCUUUCUUUUAAUUUUCUUUGUUGGGUUUUUGAGCAACCUCAUGUCCCCUUCCCAGGGAGCUUCUUUAUUUACCUCUUAGAACUUGAGUGGAUGGGCAGUAGAGCACCGUGUGUCAGCAUGCUUUGUUUUCUGACGAGAUUUCACCGCGAGGUUUUAAUGCCAUUUGGGUAGGUGAGCUUCUGCACCUCUGUUGUGCUGAACUGUGUUUUCUUCUGUCAUCUCCUGUUUGUGUUUUUUCUCUUUUCCUCUCCCCCUCUUCCUGCCUCCUUGCUGCUGGCCUCUUUUUCUCUUUCUUUACCUUCCUUGGAUUAUCCUUCCAGGUUUUCGUAAUAAAUUUAUAUUUUGUAAAAGGAUUUUGUUGUACCAGGUUUUGCAUCCUCGCUGAAUCUGACUGGCUUUUAUUUUCCUCUCCAAAAUCAGGUUUUUGUUUUCAACAUCUCUCCCCAUUAUGUCCAGUCACUGUUUGGUUUUGGCACCAUCAAUAUCAAAUGUACAAACGGUUCUUGCUAACCAACACCAGGUAUAUCUGAUGUUCAGAUGAGUUCCAAUAAAAAUAAUUUUUUUUUCAAAAGGUGUCUUUUCUUGAGUGCUGGAGGGCUUCCAGGCAAGCCCAGACAGCUCUGUGUAGCCUCACAGUAGUCUAGCUCUCGUCUGGCCAAAGCUGUUAUCUCAUUUGUAUAAUGGGAAUCCUUAAGCUAAAUUUGGGGUCCAAAUUUGGAGGCUUUUGGGGCAAGAAAGUUGGUGUGUGAGUUCUGAAGUUGGAAAUGAAUUCAGGUAUCUGUUUUUCCAGGGCAGCGUGGUCCAGUGAGCACAUGUAGGUUUGGGCAGUAGCCCCCCUGAGCCUACUUCUCUUCUAUUCAGUGAGGAUGCUGCUUCCUUGGCAGGUGAUUAUGAUGUGAGGCUGAAAAAGUAACAGAUGUGCAAGUAUCUGGAGAGUCCUGACAUUCAGUUGUCGUUUCGUUUCCUUUUGGAAUCUUCAAAGGCAGCGAUUUUCAUAUUGCCUCACACCCUGGGGGGCUCUGGGACCAAUGGGGGACCUCCUAAAUCCUCCAUAGUCUGAGCAGUUCAGCCAUUGUCUGUUUUAGUAUUGUGUCUCUGUAUUUCGCUUGCAGACAGAAUUUUGCUUCUAUAAAGGACUUUUAAAAAGUACUCCAAAGAGAUCUCGAUCUGGAGCAGAGGGGAGAUGGUUUCCCAAACUUAGGGCAGUCCUGAGGAGCUCAGGGUAGCAGCCCUUUUCUUGGUUCCCUUUGUGGGUCUUGGUCAGAUGAUGCCCUUUAGAUCUGUGCUGUCCAAUAUGUAGCCGCUAGCCACUGACAGCUGUCAGGCUCUUGCAAUACGGCUGGUCCGAGCUGUGAUACACUGCAAGUGUAAACACAAACCAGACUUUGAAGGCUUAGUAUGAUAACAAGAGAAAAGGAGUGUAAAAUAUGUCAAUAACUUUUUUAUAUAUGUGUUGAAAUAUUUUGGGUAUUGAGUUAAAUAAAAUGUUAUUAAAAUUCA